UGCUGAUUUUCUAUGAUGACAUCAAAAUGCGUCUUUUCAUGUAUUUUGCUCAUGCACUUGAAUCCAGGAGCGCGCCAACCCACAGCAGCACGUUGUUCGAAAGCACCACAACUGCUCACGAGAGUGUCCGAGCAAGCGACCGGAAGGCAAGUAAGCAGAGGAGCAGAGCCAUGGAGCAAGCCAUCCUGGAAGCGCUGGCGUUGGCUGGGGAGGCGGACCGCGACAAGCGAGAUCAGGGCGAGCAGCAGCUCCGACAGUUCUCCGACCAGGCACCAGAGUUUGUGGGAGCACUGUCCAAUGUAGUGGCCAGCGAUCAGACACCACCCCACUUCCGGCAGUUGGCUGCCGUUGUCUUGAAGCAGAACAUCACCCGCCACUGGGACAGUAAUGACAGCAAGUUUGCCCCGCCGCUCACAACCGAUGGGGUCAAGGCUGUUGUGCGAUCAAACCUCUUGACGACGCUCACUGACGAGAGCCGCGCGCUGCGAAGCAUGGCGGCGCUGUGCGUGAGCAUGAUUGCCAAGUUUGAUUGGCCCGACCAGUGGCCAGACCUGUUUGACCAGGCGUGCUCUGAAGAGGCCGUCACAGGCAUGCUUGCCAUCGCCAUCAACAGUCUCACAGCAGACUCUCCAAUCCCUGUUCAGGUUGGCGGUGUGAAGGCGCUCAACGACUUCAGUCGCGUUCUCUCCGAGAAGAAUCCACAGGCCGUUCACCCGUAUGCAGAACAGCUCAUCUCGUCCCUUCUUCCAAUGGCCGCCAACGCGUCCCAGGAGGUGGUGCGUGAGGUGGUUGAGACGCUGAGCCAGACGGUCAAGAUUGACCCGAAUGUGUCGACUGCAUAUGCGCAGCAGCUCGUCACCGCCGCCAACGCCGUUUUCCUCAAAGCGCAAGGCGAUGUUGCCGUGGCCGACGCCGUGGGCGAGCUGCUGAGCAUCCUCACGGAGAUCCCGGACGUGUGCACCGUCAUCAUCCAGCGCGCAGUGCCCACAUUCGUCGGCUUGGUGCAGCACCACCAGGAGAAGGAGUACACCGGUGUUGCCGAAAUCGGACUCCACAUCCUCACAAACGUCGUCAAGCACUGUCCGCAGGACCAAGUGCAGGACCUGCUGCAGAAAACGUUUCCACAAACAGUACAGACGCUGCUGCACUCCGAUGACAUUGAGCUCUUGCAGACUGGUGGCGAAUUCCUGCGCAUGUUCGUCAGCUUGCACUAUCCUGUUGUUUCGGCGUUUGAGGUGGAUGGAUCGUCCGGCCUUUACCUCGUCGUGCAGUUCAUUGCAUACAUGCUCUCCGAGGAGAUGUCGGAGUCCGCAUGUGCGUUUAUCGGCAAUCUCGUCACCGCCGUCAUUCUCAAGGCUGGAAAUGACCUUGGGUCGUAUGUGAACGACAUUCUCUUGGCUGUGUUGAACAAAAUGCAGCAAGCAAAGGCAGGCACUGUCAUUCUGUCGCUGCUGUUCAUCUUCGCGCGCCUGGCCAACGAAAACACAGCGGUUGUCUUGGACUUUCUCGUUGAGCAAAACGCGCUCGAGUUUGUGAUGAACCUCUGGUGCACACACUUUGAUUCAUUUUACGGCGACUACGACGUCAAAGUCAGCACGAGCGCUCUGAUCAAGAUCUUGCUGUCUGGCCACCCAGCACUUGACACCAUCAACGUGCAAGGCGAUAUCAUCGAAGAAAAGGGCAUACGCACACGGUCCAAGUCGCGGGCGGACGGGGGCACAAAAUACACGACCAUUCCGCUCAAGACGAAGCUGUUCAAGCUGCUCGUUGGCGAAUAUCAGGAGCAAUUGCUGAAGGCGCAGCGGCAGGAGGAGGGCGAUGGCGAUGAUGAUGACGACUACGACGAUGAUGGAGUGGAGGGAGCAGAUGAUGACGAUGACGACGAAGAGGGAUGGGAGGAUGUGGACGAAGGAAGUGUUCCAAAGUUCAUGUCGGCAGACGAAUUUUACAGUUCUUCAGACAUGCUUGACCUUGGAUUGGGGGCGCUGCUCGGCGAGCUGGAGGACGAGGAGACGGCCAACGAUCCUGAUGCGGUGGCAGACCCCAUCUACCACAUCAAUCUGCGUGACCACCUGUUGGAGGUGCUGCGCUCCGUUGCCAGCGAUGAAAGCGCACAGCAAGCGUUCCUGCCGGCCCUCAACGCCAAGGAGCAAGACAUCUUGCAGCGCGCCCUCUCCACACCGGUGUCCUCCGCAUCGCAAUGACACGAUGAAGGACAUUGCGUGUUGUGUUGCUCGAGUAGUGGCGGUGCAGACGAAGGGUGUUUCGCGAAUACACACACACACACACAUUGACAUGAUCACAUGUAUGCAAUGGAACACAGACGGAUGAAGC